GUUAUGAAAGUUCACCUGAGGAAACAACAGAUGUUAACAGUAAUGAUACAAAUAAUAUACCAACAGGCGAUGAAUCAGAUAAUGGGCCAUUAUAUAAAGUAGAAUUGACUUAUCGCAUAGAAUUAUAUCCAGGAACUCAGACUCCUUUCACAAAUAUGUAUAAUCAAGGUCUAAUUCCUCAACAAAUAUUUUCAGUACAAUUGCGUCCUGCACGAAACAAAACUACUUAUGGUGGAAUAUUCAUAUUUGGCGGCAUUGAUUCUCGUUUGUAUCAGGGUCCUAUAACAUAUACGCCUGUAACUUAUAAAUUCUUUUGGCAAAUUGGAAUCGAUGCCGUAGAAUAUAAUGGAAAGAGUGUUACUAAAAGUUCAAAUAGUCAGAAACAACAAGCUAUAGAAAAUAUGAUUCUUUCUUCAAAUACAUGGCAAGUUCCUUGUAAUUUGAAAAAUAAUGUAGAAGUGUCAAUUAAGAUUAAUGGUGUCUCACUUCCGAUUAAUUAUAAAGAUCUUGUGAGAGAAAGUGUAAGUUCUGGAAGUCGCUGGUGUUAUUCUGGAAUAGGUUCUACUGAUAGCUCGAUCUGGAUUCUUGGUGGUACUUUUAUGAAAAAUUAUUAUGUGAUAUUUGAUCUCGAACAAGAUCAAGUUGGAUUCGCUACACCUGUUUAUAAUUACUAA